AUGGUCCAAGACUUUGAUUUGGGCAGAAGGCUGGACCGGGAAUCUCCUGAAGACUGGAGCUCCAGUGUGCCUGUCUGUACUGUCAGUGUCAGUGUCGGUGGGGAUAUCUGCGGGGUGUAUGGCUGCGAUUAUGGAUUUAUCAACACCUGUUUGAAAUCGCUGGUUGUUGAAAAGUUUGGCGAGGAGACGUGGGUCAAGCUCAGGGAUGAAGCUGGAGUCCAGGAUACCUUCUUGACAUAUGAAGUCUAUAAGGAUGAAAUCACCAUGCAGUUAGUAGCAGAAGCCUGCAAGCUUCUAGGAGUGAAGCCAGAGGUUGUCUUGAGGCAGUUUGGAGAAUAUUUCUUUGAGUUCUGCAAACGCUCAGGCUAUGAUCACAUGCUGCGGACUCUGGGAGGAAAUUUGUUUGAAUUCACUGAGAAUUUGGAUGCACUUCACAGCUACCUCGCCCUCUCCUACAAGGAAAUGAAUGCACCAUCAUUUCGGGUGGAGAGGAACCCUGAUGGUACCAUGCUUCUCCACUAUUACUCAGACCGCAGAGGACUCUGCCACAUUGUUCCUGGUAUCAUUGGAGCUGUUGCUAAAGAUUUUUUCAACAGUGAGAUAACAAUGGAGAUUGUCAACCAGCUGGAGGAGCUGGAGAGAACUGGGAAGAAGGAGCAUGUGGUUUUCCUGGUGACUCAGCGGCCGGCUGCUCGGUCCAGCAACUUGUUGAGGGGUUUUCAGCCGGUGUACCCUACAACCCUUAACAUUGACCUGAAGACUUUCUGCCAUGCUUUCCCUUUCCAUAUAGUCUUCGAUGAGCAGCUGGUGGUGCACCAGGCAGGGGUGAACCUCCAGAGGAUCGUCCCUGGGCUCCAGAUGAUGAGCAUCCAUUUGGACCUAUACUUCAGCAUUGUGCAUCCUGAAGUCACGUUCACCAUCUCCAGCAUCAGGAAGUUCAUCAACAGCCACUUUGUCCUGCAGACACGCAGGGACAUGAUGCCUGAAGUGUGGAAGGACAGGCCAAUGCUGCAGCUCAGAGGUCAGAUGAUCUGGAUGCCCUCUUUGGACUGCAUGCUCUAUCAAGCUUCUCCUCUGCUGAGAAGCCUUCAGGAGUUGGAGGAGAGGGACAUGCACAUAUCUGACAUCGCACCCCAUGACGUCACCCGCGACCUCAUUCUGCUCAAUCAGCAGCGACUGGCUGAAAUAGAGUUGUCCAAUCAGUUGGAGAGGAAGAAAGAGGAACUCCGCCUCUUGUCUCAGCACCUGGAGGAGGAGAGAAGGAAGACGGAGAACUUGCUGUAUGCCAUGCUACCCAAACAUGUAGCCAACCGGCUGAAGGAGGGCAAGACAGUAGAAGCAGGAGAAUUUAAAGAGUGCACCAUACUGUUCAGUGACGUGGUGACCUUCACUAACAUCUGCUCCCUGUGUGAACCCAUCCAAAUUGUCCUUAUGCUCAACGCCAUGUACCUCAGAUUCGACAGGCUCACAACCGUGCACAAUGUUUACAAGGUGGAGACCAUAGGAGACGCCUAUAUGGUGGUUGGUGGGGUGCCCAUACCUGUCUCGAGCCAUGCUGAGAGAGUGGCCAACUUUGCCCUGGGUAUGAUCUUGGCUGCCAGGGAGGUUAUUAACCCUGUGACAGGAGGACCCAUUCAGAUCCGUGUGGGUCUCCACAGUGGUCCUGUCCUGGCAGGUGUAGUUGGGGAGAAGAUGCCUCGCUACUGUCUGUUCGGAGACACAGUCAACACUGCAUCUCGCAUGGAGAGUCAUGGCCUCCCCGACAAGAUCCAUUUGAGCCCAACCGUCUACAAGGCUUUGAAGAAUAAAAGCUUUGUUAUCCAGAAGCGAGGGGAGAUCGAGGUAAAGGGGAAGGGCAGAAUGACUACUUACUUUCUUGAAACGAACAUAGGAGUGAGUGAGCAGCAGAUUAUGGGUCUCUCGGACUUAGAGACUGUGGAUGGACAGCAGGACGGCCAGAUGAGCUACCAGCCAGGUCUCCACAGAUCAGAUUUUCAGAGGCAGCGUGGGGAUGACCUUUGCUUGAUCCCUAUGAAAUACGGCGACAGCGAGAGUGAACCUGCGCCGUUCUCACAUGUGUCUGAACCCCAAGCUGGCCCAGCCAUCAAGCCCCGGGACUCAGAGAGCUACGGAAGCCUGCACACUGAUGACCAAUCAGAGGGUGGAGCUAUAGACCAGCUAAAAGAUACAGAUGAAUUUGGCAAAAGAGAUGUCAAACUCACAGAAAAACACAUGGACGGCUUAGACAGUGACACAGAGGACCAACAGUUGACUGCCGGUGCUGUGGAAACCAACAAUCAAAGCAAACACACCCAAACCAGGUUUUGUGUGGUCCUGUGA